AUGGGUGACGUCAUUGGUGACCUCAUAUCGCACCGCGGGCAGAUCAACGGCUUUCGAGAAAAGCCGUGUGGCAUGAACGUGAGAUUCGGGGCAGGGGAUGGAGCCGGCGAUGUGGUUGACGCGCUGGUGCCGCUGUCAGAGAUGUUCAACUAUGUGUCCAACCUGCGCGGCAUGACCAAGGGUCACGGUGACCCACAACAAUCUCUUCUUCCCCCCUCUUCCUGCUUAUCUACUUUCAUUUUGCUUUUCCGAUGCUACCAGGUGGUUGACGUGCUGGUGCCACUGUCGGAGAUGUUCAACUAUGUGUCCAACCUGCGUGGCAUGACCAAGGGGCGAGCCAACUACAACACGCAGCUCACACAAUUUGACAUCGUCCCCACCAACAUUUAG